UCUCUCAGUCACAAAAGCGUCACUGUCACUCCGUGUUUGGGGCCUCGUUCGAGAACACCUGUGAUCGUGCUAGUUUCACUCACUGGCAGUGUCCGGAUUACCGUCAAAAUAUUUCUUGGAUUACUAUAUAGCUUUCAACUAAACGGAUUUCCAGCGCGUUUGAUGAAAAGCCGCGAGUGACUGCACGAUGGGCUCGAAAAGGGAAUACGCCAUGAUGCAGGACGUGGUGUCCCUGCAGGCGCCGUCUGAGUACACACUUACAACCUUGGAAAAGAAGUUCCUUUUGUAUGCAGAAAGGGGUGACUGCGCAUCAGUAAAACGAAUCAUAAAUGAAAACACUAAUAAGCCAGAUUUUGAUCUAAACUGUGUGGAUCCAUUGAAUCGGUCGGCACUGAUUGCGGCGAUAGAAAACGAGAAUAUCGAGCUCAUUAGGAUCCUCUUAGCGUACGGAAUUAAAGUCAAGGAUUCUUUGCUGCACGCUAUAAAAGAAGAGUAUGUCGAGGGAGUGGAGGCACUGCUCGAGCAUGAAGAAAAAACUCAUAGAGCUGGCGAGCCUUAUAGCUGGGAAGCCGUUGAUCGAGCCCAAUCAACCUUCACCACGGACAUCACCCCUCUCAUAUUGGCCGCCCACAUGAACAAUUACGAGAUCAUAAAAAUUCUGCUGGAUAGAGGUGCUUCUCUCCCCAGCCCACAUGACGUCAGGUGCGGCUGCGAUGACUGUGUCCUGUCCAGCGAUCAGGACUCGCUACGGCACUCGCAGGCGCGAAUCAACGCGUACAAAGCUCUAUCCAGUCCGUCGCUCAUCGCGCUCUCAUCGCGCGACCCUUUGCUCACGGCCUUUGAAUUAUCUCGCGAACUUUCCAGGCUUCGCGUCAUGGAGAACGAGUUCAGAGAGGAGUAUGAUAAUCUUCGGAAACAAGUGCAAACAUUCGCCACGUCUUUGCUUGACCACGCGCGCACCUCUUACGAGCUGGACGUGAUGCUGAACUACGACCCUGACGAAAUCGACAAUAUAUGGGAACCGGGAAAGCACGGCUCCCUUGAGCGACUGAAACUAGGCAUCAAGUACAAGCAGAAAAACUUCACUGCUCAUCCUAAUGUGCAGCAGCUGCUGGCUUCGAUGUGGUACGAAGGGUUGCCCGGCUUCAGGCGUAAGAACCCGGUGAAUCGAAUCAUGGAGGUGGCCAAGCUAGCCGCAAUGUUUCCGUUUAACAGCCUCAUCUACAUGCUUGCGCCAAACUCAUCGCGAGGAAAAAUCAUGACCAAGCCUUUCAUCAAGUUCAUCACCCACUCGGCUUCUUACAUGUUAUUUCUGAUGCUCCUCGGUGCUGCCUCGCAACGAGUUGAGGUACUCGCGAUGGAGUGGAUUGCUUACGCCUUCGACAGUCAAUGGAUGCAAGACAUUCUGACCGACUGGGCGCGACGGGAAAGAGGCUCCAUACCUGGUUUCGUCGAGUUCGGCUGCAUUAUUUACGUGACGAGUUUGGUGGCUUGGGAAAUACGUUCUCUCUGGGCAGAUGGAAUAAUAGACUACAUCAGCGACUUGUGGAACAUCAUCGAUCUCACGUGCAACAUGUUCUAUGUGACUUGGAUUGCGUUGCGAGGCGUUUCCCACUUCAUUACAUGGCGUGAGUAUUGGCAAGGACUGGACCCGUACUACCCAAGAGAGGAUUGGGACCCGUUCGACCCGUACCUUUUGGCCGAGGGCAUGUUUGCUGCUGGAAUGAUUUUCAGUUUCCUGAAACUGGUACACAUAUUCAGCAUCAACCCUCAUUUAGGACCGUUGCAAAUUUCACUCGGUCGAAUGAUCAUCGACAUCUUAAAGUUCUUCUUCAUUUACACCUUGGUUCUAUUCGCUUUUGGCUGCGGCAUGAAUCAGUUGCUUUGGUACUAUUCUGACUUGGAGCAAGAAAAGUGCUACGGGACCAAUGGAAUUGCGGAUUUCGAAAACCAAGAUAAAUCCUGUACGAUUUGGAGGAGAUUUUCAAAUAUGUUCGAAACAUCGCAGUCAUUGUUCUGGGCCAGCUUUGGUCUGGUCGACCUUGUUUCGUUUGAACUCGCUGGCAUCAAGUCUUUCACGCGAUUUUGGGCCUUGCUCAUGUUCGGCUCGUACUCUGUUAUCAACGUCAUCGUGCUGCUCAACAUGCUCAUUGCCAUGAUGUCCAACUCUUACCAGAUUAUCUCGGAGCGCUCGGACAUCGAGUGGAAAUUUGCAAGGAGCAAGCUGUGGAUCAGUUACUUUGAAGAGGACGAUAUUCUACCCCCUCCCUUUAAUUUGUUUCCUUCUGUGAGUAUGAUGAGCUCUGCAAUCAAGAAGAAAAAGAAGAGGAACACGUCUAUUAGAGCGUGUAAAGAAAAGGCUGAACGAAGACACGAAACGGUGAUGAAGCUCUUGGUGAGGCGAUACGUGACGGCGGAACAAAGAAAGCGAGACGAGUUUGGAAUCACUGAGGACGACGUAAUGGAAAUCCGGCAGGACAUAUCCACGCUGCGAUUUGAAUUGGUCGAUAUUUUGAGAACAAAUGGAAUGAAGACGCCUGUUCUGGAUCCAAACGAAAACAAUCUUGCUGGCAAAAAGGGAAAGCAAAUGGAGCGUCGCCUGCUGAAGGACUUCCAAAUCGGCUACGUCGAAGGCGUGGUGAAUGAGGCAAUCCAGAAUGAAAAGGGCCCGAAGGACGUGUUCUCGCGCAUCGCUCGUGCAAUCGGCGGCAAGCGGCCGACCAGCGCGUCAAAGAAGAAGGACUGGAACGCUCAGGUGCAGCGCAGAAACAGCAGGAAGGAUCCCAUCGGCAGCACUUCGGAGCUGGUGGUGCGCAGGUCGCGCCAGAGCAUCCGCAAACACAUCUUGGAGAACAAAGCCAACGUGGACAGCAAUCGGCUGGUUGAGUACAAUCCACGCCUGGUCGAAGUGUCACCUGCUGCGCGAAUCGCCUACGCCAAGUUCAAGCUGCAGAAGAUCAAGAAGGAGUACGAGGACCCAGGAACCGAAGCUGCGGAUGACGAGGUUUUCACCAACAGCAAUGGAAACGGGGGAAUCAAGAACCCUCCAACUAAUAAGAUCACUAGCAUCCUAAAGAGCUCUGUUUCCUCACUGUCAUCGGUGACAUCAGACCCCCGCACGAAAAAGCCUGAGACCGUGGUCCAAAUGGAAUCGGAAGUGCCAAAAGCAGCGGGAGCGCCAAAACCUCCAGAGCGAUCAAACAGCCAAGUGAUGAUGCAACGCAAGGAGAGCGCGAAGAAGGCACCCGAGCCACCAACGGUGCACCAACCCUCGAUCAAGGUCAGCCACGGCACUCCACCAGUGCAUCCUAAACAAAAGCAGCCCGCCCCAAUGCCAUCCCAAGCGAGCACGGCUUCUGGAUCAUCUUCCGCAACAAUUCCUGCGCCACGACCUGCAGCGAGCGGGGUGCCGGCGAGGAGGAGAGGUGUGUCGCCCAUUCCAGAGGAGCGAGGAGUGUCACCGUCAGUCAGAACACCGCAGCCGGGUGGGAAGUCGACCGUCACAGGGAAGAUUGUCGACGGAUGGAUUUAAUUUCUUUGGCUUUGUCAUUAAAAAUAGAAGCAAUUUUUUACUUAUCUAUGCUUAAAAAGAAAAAGAGGAUAUUUGUAUUAUUUUAAUUAAAUAUAAGCACUUCAAAAUGUACAAUUGGUCUUCAACUCAUUAUGAGUUGCAGUGACUAUCAAAUGGGGAAAAGCAAAAAGCAGCUAGCAUGUAUUCGUUGUAGUUUGAAUAUUUCAACAAAGCAAUAUACACGAUGGCUGUUAAUUUAAUAAAUUAAUGUGAGAAAUGAUGAGAAAAA